UGCGUGUGUCGUCAGUUCCAUUGCCUCGUAUCAAACGAGAUAAUUCCCAAAAGAAACAAAGCGUUAAAGUAUCCAUCGAGCACACUGCUCCAAAGCUUUGAAGACCGCGCCACAUCUUCUUUAAGCAUUCCAUAUUUUGUUCCGUGGAGCUUUAUUUCAGAUUAAAGCUGCAUAAUGUUGUGUUUUGACACCUCCCUUUGACACCAGGCUUCAGGCUUUCCUAUAAGCAAACACUGCGUCCACACACAUCACAACCAUAAGGACCAUGAAUGGAUAUGGAUAUUCUAGUCAAGGAGUAUCAGCAGAGCAAUGGAACAAUGGAAACAAUUCAUCAGCAAUGUCCAAAAUGGAGCACACAUUCUGGGUCACAAAACAAAGCGUCUUUCGAAAACUAGGCAAGAAAGAGGAUGAAUGUAUUGUGGCCUCUGAUGCAGAGUUAGAUGCAAAGCUAGAAUUGUUCCGUUCUGUCCAAGAUACCUGUUUGGAACUUCAACGAAUCCUGGAUAAAUACCAGGAAAGACUAUGCAAUUUAUCUCAAGAGGAAAGUGCUAUGGGGAGGUUUCUAAAAGAAUGUUCCAAAAGAGAUCAAACUAAUGCAGGUAAAGCUAUGAUAAGUGUUGGAAGAGCUCUAUCAUAUUCUGGCCAACAAAGAUUAGCUUUACGUGUACCUCUUCAACGACUUCAUCAGGAAGUGGAAACAUUCAGACAACGUGCUAUUGAAGAUACUUUGCUAAAUGUAUCUGCCAUGGAACGACAAAGAACUGAAUACCGUGCAGCUCUGAGUUGGAUGAAGAACAUUUCCCAAGAGCUAGAUCCUGAUACUCACAAACAAUUGGAGAAGUUUAAAAAGGUUCAAGGACAAGUUCGGCAAAGCAAAGCUAAUUUUGACCGCCAGAAAUUGGACUGUCUACAGAAAGUAGAUUUGUUGGCAGCUGCAAGGUGCAACAUGUUUUCUCACGCGUUGACUCUCUAUCAACAAGCUUUAAUUCAACAUGCUCGUCGGGCUCAACGAGCAUUUGCUGCUGUGGCAAAGGAUGUUAAAGGUUAUCAACAUUAUGAGUUUUCUGUGGUGCCUGAACUUACCGAAGAAUCAUCCCGUCUUGCAAAGCAAACUAGAGAUGCAGAUGAGAAGAAUGUGGAGGGAAAAGAAAAAGAUGGACUUCUCUUUUUUGAUACUGACUACCAUGAUGCAGUAGAAGGAGAUAAUGCAUGUACUGGAAAACAAAAAUCAGACAGUUUGCAAAAUUUGUUGAGCAGUUCAGUUGAGCAAAAUAUGUCUUCACUCAUCUCAAUUGACCAAACUGAUGCUGGUUCCAAAUUGAAGGAUGCAGGAAUGACAGAUGUCGACCUCCUGGCUUCAGAAUGUCUCCAAGAACUGGAUGACAUAUUGGGUUUUUCUGCUCCUGAUGGUAGUGCAAGUGUGUCUGAGGAUUGGGACGCCUUGUUUAGAAGAAGUGAGAUAAGCUCAUCAGAAAACAACUUCCCGUCCCAAAAUUCCUCAAUAUCAGGCUUGACAGAGAAAGCUACACCCUCUUCUUUAAGUGCAGAAAAUGUCUUUCCAUCUCAGCUCUUGGACAACUUUGCAUCAUCUUUGAAACUUCAAACAUCAUUGACAGAAACAUCAACCAGCCAAGGCAGUGCUCUUGCAAAACAUUCCCAUUCAUCUAAUACUACAAAUCCUUCUGCUUCAUCUGAGCUCACAUUCAUGUCUAGUUUAAUGGCAAACUUGAGACCACAAAACAGCCAAGCAACUUCUCAGGCACCAGGUCCACCAGGAACACCUCAAUCACCCCAAUCAGCAGGCAAUGGGAUGCCCAGUAAGUCCACAAACAAGAAAGAUAUGUCUGCCUGGUAUGAUCUCUUUGCUGACUUGGAUCCAUUAGCAAACCCUGAUGCCAUUGAUUCCAAAAUGCUGGAGGAGGAGCGAAACUGUUAGGAACAUAAUACUUCCUGCAGCGGUUGUUCCUGUUAAAAAUAUCAUAAAACAAGUUCUGAAGAUGAAAUUACUAUUUUUGGAAAAUUCUUGAUGUAACUUUAUGAAAUGAUGUGGGAAUUUUUUUUAAUGCAAUUUAAAUUGCAAAUAUUCUUUGAUGUUUGCUAUGACCAUAUUUAGAUAAUUCUUGAUGCUUUACUGCAAAUUAUUGUUAUACAUGUGGCAUUUUAUAUUUGCUUUCUGCAUACAUAUUUUUAAUACAGGGGUGUUCCUCAGAAAGAAUCUUUACUUAAUCUAGUCUGGAGGUUUAUUCUCUCAAUCUUUUUAAGAACCGACUACGUUACAUAACAAGUGGAGGUAGGAGACCUGGUACGACCACUUUGUUAAUCUGUAACCUGAAUGAGUUUUGUUUUUAUGUUAAGUAUAUUAUUUUGUUGACGAUUUGUUUCACAUUUUGCAUAAAGGGCAAUGGACCCAAUAUAUCAAAUGUAGUUUAUCACCACUUACUUAAUAUCAUGCAAAUUGGUAACCUCAUAAAAUU